UCUCCCGCUUUAUGUCCAAUAUCUGAGCAAAUCUUGUCGAGAUGCAGUGAUGCACGCAUGCAGGCAGGCACGCACGCAGGGUGGAGUGCGCGUCAACGCACAUUACGCCAUAACUUCUGUUUGGAGGGAUGGAACGUGGGUGUUGCCAAAAAAAACGGACAAGAAACAAAAAAGUGACGGGACGCUUGUUUCGCAACACCCAACUCCAACAAUCCCACAACAACGAACGCCCGCGCCAUGUUUCUUUCAAAAAUCCAACGCCCCCCACCUCAAAAUAGAUCGGGCAAGUUAUGUAAAACUUUUCAAUCCCCGAGCCACUCCGAGUUUCAGAUCCGAGAUCUUAGAUCAAAACACCACGCGCUUGUUUCGAGUCGAAACGUUGUACAUACGCACUGGGCCCACAACACACCCUUCGAACGGCCCUUCCACGCCGAGGGAGAUCGAAAACACGCAGGACACACGCCCUGUGGGGCGCUUUUGGUUGGAAGUUCUUUACAAAAUUGACCCCAUGCGAAACGAAAAGUUGAUAGACGCGGGUGCCCUUCAUCGUCGUCGCUUUCUCGAACCACAUCGUGCUCUUUAGCAAGUCGCAAGCUUUUUACCGCCGAGCCGCGUGAAAAGGCAAAAAGUCCGGUGUUCUACUCAACAUCUACCCAUCAUGCACAUUUUCGUACCCUUUACUUCGAGCUCAUCACGUGACACAUCUCUCAAGAAGCAAGGCUUGGCAGAACCGCGCGGAAGGCAGGGAUAAUGCAGAAUCUUUACCCAGAAGGGCAAGGCUUGGUGGCCAGGAAAAGUGUGGAAAGCAGAGAACCAAGAGAUUCUUACUAAUCGUGCAUCAUCUCUUGGUAUCUUUAUCUUUCUCUGCCUUCCACACUUUUCCUGGCCGCCAAGCCUUGCCCUUCUGGGUAGUCUCAGUCACGUGCAGAGGGUAUCUCUUUCACACUAGAGAUGUAAAUGGUUUGAAGAUGCCCUCAUCCGGCUUCCUUAUAUUACAAUUCGUAGCUUUCUAUGUGUCUAUAACAUAUUCUACAGUGA